GACAGACACGCCCUCUGUUGCAGAGACAGACGUCAACGUCACGUCAGCGCGCAAUUUAAACGACCAUAGCAACCAAUUUCUUCACCAACAAAACUUUUUACAGUUACGAUGCAGGCGACCACGGACUAUGAGAAAAAGAAACUUUUGAAAAAGUGCUUCGAUGUGUGGAGACGCGUCGUCAAAGUUAAAACAGAAAAGGAAGAAAUUUACAGGUCGAAAGUGCAACAGCGGGAGAAACUGGAUAAUUUGGUCAAAGCGUUGAAGAAAUACAGAAAAGAAAAUCAAGAGGACUCUCAACCCACCCAAAUCAAAGUCAAAGAAGCACCCACCAAUUUUAAAAGCCGAUUUGAAGCGCAGAAACAUGCCAUUGAAAAACUCACGUUAAAAAUCGAGGAGAAAGAUAGAGUGAUUGAAGAGCUCAAACUAGGAAUUUUUGACAGAGAGGCUUUGAAAUCGCUAAACGAGACUAAAAUCGAAAUUCGUGAAAUUUUCGCCAAUUGCUCCACUAAAGUUAGGUGCAAAAUAGCGCCGCCGCCUGAUUACAGCGAAAAGUUCAUGAUUUCCACGCAAAAAGCACCAAAAAUAGUCCAAGAAGUGGAAGAACGGGCUUUGGAAAGAGCCAAACGACGUGAACUCAUUCUAGAACGAAAAAGGAUAAUUCAAGAGAACAGACAGAGAAUGAUUCUGGAAGCUUUAGAGAGAAAACGAAUUCAAGACGAAGACGAGAAAAAAAGAAGUUUGGAACAGAUUAAAGAGCGUCGUCGCAAGGAACUAGAAAUGAGGCAGAUCAGAGAAAGAAACAAGUUAAUUUUUUUCGAGAAAGUGAAAAUAGCACUAGGACUUUAUAAUCGGACUUUGCAGAGAAAGGCUUUUCAGGGUUUAUUUGAAAAUUACACGCAAGGCAAAGAAAAUUAUGAAAGGAGCAAAUUACACUAUAAGAUUACUCUUUUAAGCAAAGUUAUGCAUACAUGGACCGAAUUUAUGGAAGAUAAAUAUCGCGAUAAAAACGCUCUAGCUGAUGCCGUUUACGCUAAAAACAUAGUCUCAAGAGCCUUGCAAACCUGGCGUGAGUUCCGCAUUGAGGGCAUCAGAUCCAUGCAGGUGGCUGAAGAUUUUUACGAUUUGCUUUUGCUGAACAACACUUUUGUUCACUGGCACCGUAACGUCUGUAUUCGAAUUAUGUUAACUCACAAAAAAAUGGACGUGGCACGGAAACACUACGACAGGCGUAUUCUAUUCCACUCGUUCUACCAGUGGCGUUCGUUACCAGCAGUUAUUCAACUGGAAAAGUCCAAGGAAAUGAAAAUGAAGAAAUGGCGCGAAAAAGUUUGGGCGAUUUUACCAAACUACAAACCACCUAGUGAAGACGAUUAUUUUUAA